AAAUUACUGCCCAUCAAUUUCUCAGAAUGAACGAGGAACGUCAUUUAUUUUUCCUGCUUCAAUUUUUCUAUAUAUAAAAAACUGAGGAUGACAUUAUUUUCAAUAAUAUAAAUAUAUAUAUAAAUAAUGAUUCUAAAAGAAAGAAAUUGUACUGCAUCCCCCAUUUCACAUUAUUAUAUUCCAAGGUCAUAUGUGUUUCGUUUAAUGUCUCUAUAAAUGAAACUAGCUACCUUGACGAGUCAGCCCAAACUAACCCAUGGAAAAUUUAAAGCCAAACCCAGCAAACUCAUCUCCUCUAACUCCACUCGGCUACCUCGAAAGGGCGGCGAUCGUCUACGGCGACUGCCCUUCUGUAGUAUACAACCGCACCACUUAUACCUGGUCACAGACCAACGCCCGUUGUCUUCGUGUGGCUUCCUCCAUAGCAACAUGGCUUGGAAUCAAGCGAGGUCAAGUCGUGUCUGUCAUCUCUCCCAACAUUCCAGCCAUGUACGAGCUCCAUUUCGCAGUUCCCAUGGCUGGAGCCAUUCUCAACACCAUCAACACUCGUCUCGAUGCUAGAAUAGUUUCAGCUAUGCUUCUUCAUUCUGAAUCCAAGCUCGUCUUCGUUGACCAACUCUCAGUUAAGUUAAUCCUCGACGCCAUCUCAAGGUUCCGACCAAACACUCCAAUCCCUCGGCUCGUAUUGAUCCUUGACCAGUACGCGGUUUCAUCAUCUUCAAAGCUAAGUGAGAGCUUUUAUUGUGAGUAUGAGAAUCUUGUGGAAAGAGGAGAUCCUAAAUUUCAGUGGUUAAAGCCAGCGAACGAGUGGGAGCCUAUGAUACUAAACUACACUUCGGGAACUACUUCGGCUCCGAAAGGAGUUGUUCACUGUCAUAGAGCAAUUUUUAUAGUUACACUCGACACACUCGUCGAUUGGAGUGUGCCUAAACAGCCGGUGUUCUUAUGGACACUGCCUAUGUUUCACGCUAACGGUUGGUGUUAUCCGUGGGGGACAGCGGCAGUUGGCGCCACCAACAUAUGCCUUCGGAAAUUCGACGGUCAGAUGAUCUUCGACCUCAUCCGAAGGCAUGAUGUGACGCACAUGUGUGGAGCACCUGUGGUGCUCAACAUGUUGUCAAACACUCCUAAUGUUGGGAUUCUCAAGAGCCCUGUUCAUAUACUAACAGCGGGCGCUCCCCCGCCUGCGGCGGUGCUCGGGCGAACUGAGUCGCUCGGGUUUCACGUCAGCCAUGGGUAUGGAUUGACGGAAGUGGCUGGAAUUAUUGUAUCUUGCGCUUGGAAAAGUAAGUGGAAUCUGUUACCCGCCAACGAGCGUGCUCGGCUAAAGGCGCGGCAAGGGGUGAAGACACCGGCCAUGGCUGAAAUUGAUGUGAUUGAUCCGAGUUCGGGAGUGAGUGUGAAGAGAGAUGGUUUAGCCAUGGGAGAAAUAGUUGUCAGAGGUGGUUGCGUCAUGCUUGGUUACCUUAAAGAUUUGGUGGCCACUUCUAAGGCUAUAAAGGAGGAUGGAUGGUUUUACACGGGCGAUGUGGGAGUUAUGCACUCUGAUGGGUAUUUGGAGAUUAAGGACAGGUCCAAGGAUGUGAUCAUAAGUGGGGGAGAGAACGUGAGCAGCGUGGAGGUAGAGUCAAUUCUUUACGGCCAUCCGGCUGUGGACGAGGCGGCGGUGGUGGCUCGGCCCGAUGAAAUCUGGGGUGAGACGCCGUGUGCGUUUAUAACGGUGAAGAAAGGGACGAAGAUUAGACCGACAGAGAAGGAGAUAGUGGCGUAUUGUAGAGAGAAGUUGCCUCAUUAUAUGGUUCCUAAAGUUGUGGUGAUUAGAGAUGAACUUCCUAAGACUUCCACUGGGAAAAUUCAGAAAUAUGUUCUGAAAGAUAUUGCUAAAACCAUGGGAUCUCCUUCUGGAGCUGGUUAUUGGAGUAGGAUCUAGCUUAAUAUUAUUAUAUCUAUGUGUAGUAUUCGAUUAUGUAUUUGCUAUUAAAAAUAUAUAUAUUGUAAUUUGUGUGUAACUAUAAAUUUGAAACCUUUGACUUUAAGGUCUCA